UGGUUUCUGUAUUUUAUAGUAUUUGGGGAAUUUCAACUUUGCUUACUUUACUGUUUCGGUUCAAAUUUAUAUCAGCGAAGCGCAGCGGCACCUAUAGAUCAUUUGAAUUGUAUUCAUUCCAUUCAACAAAACAUUUUGUAGGAACAUCAAAACUGACCGAACAAUCUGCCACAAUGGAUAGCAAAGGCAGAAAUGUUAUAGUUUGCGAUAAUGGAACUGGAUUCGUGAAAUGCGGUUAUGCUGGAAGUAAUUUCCCAGCUCAUAUUUUUCCUUCUAUGGUUGGCAGACCAAUUAUCCGAGCCGUCAAUAAGAUUGGUGAUAUCGAAGUAAAGGAUUUACAUGUUGAUGAUUUAAUGGUUGGCGAUGAGGCAUCUCAGCUGCGUUCUCUGUUGGAAGUGUCUUAUCCAAUGGAAAACGGAGUUGUGCGUAAUUGGGAGGAUAUGUGUCACGUGUGGGAUUACACGUUCGGACCAAAGAAGAUGAAUAUUGAUCCAACCAACACUAAAAUUUUGCUCACGGAACCACCAAUGAAUCCGACCAAGAAUCGCGAAAAGAUGAUCGAGGUUAUGUUUGAAAAGUAUGGAUUCGAUUCGACAUACAUUGCGAUUCAGGCAGUACUGACCUUGUAUGCCCAGGGUUUGAUUAGCGGCGUUGUCAUCGAUUCGGGCGAUGGUGUUACGCAUAUCUGCCCGGUGUAUGAAGAGUUCGCUUUGCCUCAUUUAACCCGUCGUUUGGACAUCGCUGGGCGGGACAUAACAAGAUAUUUGAUUAAGUUAUUGCUACUUCGUGGGUAUGCCUUCAAUCAUUCUGCUGACUUCGAAACUGUGCGCAUGAUGAAGGAGAAACUGUGUUACAUUGGUUAUGAUGUAGAGAUGGAACAACGACUUGCGCUGGAGACUACGGUUCUUGUGGAGUCUUAUACACUUCCCGAUGGACGUGUAAUCAAGGUUGGAGGUGAACGAUUUGAAGCACCCGAAGCACUUUUUCAACCCCAUCUGAUAAAUGUAGAAGGCCAGGGAAUUGCUGAGUUGGUAUUUUCUACUAUUCAAGCCGCAGACAUCGACAUGCGAUCUGAACUUUACAAACAUAUUGUGUUAUCCGGUGGUUCAACUAUGUAUCCUGGACUUCCUAGUCGUUUGGAACGUGAGAUUAAACAACUUUACUUAGAACGUGUACUGAAGAACGAUAGCGAAAAGUUGUCUAAGUUUAAGAUUCGCAUUGAGGAUCCGCCUAGGCGAAAAGACAUGGUCUUUAUCGGGGGAGCUGUGCUCGCAGAAGUAACCAAGGAUCGAGAUGCAUUUUGGAUGUCUAAAGCUGAAUACCAAGAACAAGGAUUAAACGUUCUGAAAAAAUUAAGUGCAAGAACAAGCAAUUAGGAUAAUUUUUGUAAACAGUUUAGUUUUAGUUUCUGAAAAGUAUGGCAUUCUGCAAUUUAUACAAUUUUGCUAUAAAUUUGGUCUACAGAAUGGUGCAUUUAAUCAACAAUCAAGUAUUUAAAACAAAGACUUUCGUAAGAAAAGCUUUGUCUAGCGCAUCGAUCCAGAAGUUUUAGAGUUGCUCAUGUUUAAAAAAUACUUAAGAUCUAGCUGAUAUUUCGAUUUUUUAACAACAAAUCAUUUUAUUCUGUUUGUAUAGUUUUUUAUUAGACCAUUUAUAUUCUUCUAUUCAAUGAGAAAAUAAAAGAAAAUCUUAUGUUUCA